GCCGUUGUCACGUUGUGAUGGCUCGGCUUCUGUGUUUUAUUGCACUCUUUUGAAUGUUUUGUUCAAUACACACUGUACAAUUAUGGUUUGUCCUAAAUAAAGCGAAGAGGACUCGGUCCACACUCCAACCGUGUAAUAGUGGUGGCUGCUACGCUUGGGCUCGCGGAAAUGGCUGCAGAUAAGCAGUACGCUGUUGAGCGCAUUGUUGGAAAGAAGAUUGAGCUGGAUGAUGUGCAGUACCUCGUCAAAUGGGCUGGAUACGACACUCCGACAUGGGAACCAUACAAGAGCCUUGCCAACUGUCUGAAUCUCGUCUUGGAAUUUGAAUCUCUUCACCGUUUCCCCUUUCUCACAGCCUCCAAAGCAGUCCAGUGUGCGGGUGUUCCCAGCGAAGGCGACGCUACUUCCAAUGGGACAUCGGCAGGCAGAAUCAUUAUUCCGCGCAAACGAGACAUGUUUUAUUCUGCAACACCGAAUACUCCUCCAGUGGGCCCUUCUCCACAACACUCAUCUCGCGAUCCUCUGCCAUCGCUUCUACCCAGCACCAGCCAGCCCCUUGCCACAGCAAAAUCUGUGAUCCGUCCCGUCGUGGGCUUCAUUCCGGGUGCCAACAACGGCGCCCUACGUCCUGUUAUAAUCUCCUCCAUGAAGUCGGGUAUUCCCCUGGAUCUGACUGUCUCGCACAAAACCCCCGAGCCGCCCGUCCCGCUGACCACGCAGAACAGUCUGCCCGCAACGUCCGCCUCCGUCGCCGUUGCGGCGCGCAAACGCAAUCCUGUCUUGUGUCCGACCUGUUCGGCGACAUUCCGCAGCGACUUCCUCCUGGCAAAGCAUCAGUUGGUGCAGCAUUCCACAGAGAAGACCUUCGACUGUCGAAUAUGCGGAGAGAUCUUCGGGAAGAGUUACGCCGUGGCCAAUCACAAGAAGCGGCAUGUGGAGGGCAAACCACUGGUCUGUCGCGCUGUCAACGGCGUCUUCGAAUGUCCCAAGUGUCACAAGAAGAAGGAACACUACUUCCAUCUGGAGCAUCACUAUGAGAUGUGUGUUACAAAGGGCGAUUCAGAACCUGUAAAGCGGCGGAAAGUCAAGCGGAGUGCGUCGUGAAGUGCCGUUUCCCGUAAAUGUGCCAGACGAGUGUGCAUCUAUUUUGUAUGAUUUUCUUUUGCUUUUGUUGUGUUAUUUGAAUGUUGCAGUUUGCUGCGCGUCGACUAUUGUAGUGUAUAGUAAAGGAUUCUCGCGAAUGCCAAUGUAAAGAUGUUGUGUUGAACGAAUGUUGUACCUGGCAACUGGCGUAGUUAAUGUACAUACGCAAUUGCGUUGUUGAUGUUUUAGUCUGCUAAGGCGCAGCUCCUGAGCUGCUAAUAAACUGAAAGUAUUAGCGCUCAGUAAAUACGUCACAAUGGCGUGAAGCGAUCCGUUAUCAUGCGAUGUAAUAUUGUUCUAAUGUGAAUGUGAGGGCGUAGAGUGCGCUCUAAUGUGAGUGUAGUGGAUUGUUAAUUUUCCUGGAUUGUUUCCUUGAUGGCGAUGGAGAGAAAGUCGCAGGAACACAAGAAUCCAGAGAAGGAAGAGAACGCCCAGUGAAGAGGAAGGCUGAAAGAUCCAGCGGAAGUGACAGAAAGGGCCCAGUGACUGACACUGCCGGAUGAAGCCGUAGUGGACCAGAAGGGAAAGAGCGCAGUCGCGAGCGCGUGAAGAGAAGUGAAUCCAGUUGAAGCCUGGCCGGCCAAUGAGUGCAAGGAAAAGAACUGGAUAGUGAAGGUUCCACGUAAAGAGUUCCUCAAUGUGAAAAGUGAAAGGUCGCGAGACGGUUGCCAUGAAACUCCGCCAACGGGAAUGAAUGGAAUCCACACUACUGACAUUAACUACUGUAGUGGUAAAGGUAAACCAAUGGAAAUGAUGGUUUAUAAAUGUACAGUGAAGUGAUGAUGUCAGCCUUUUUUUUUAUAAGAAGGAAAGGUGUAGUGUAUAGUAAAGGAUUCUCGCGAAUGCCAAUGUAAAGAUGUUGUGUUGAACGAAUGUUGUACCUGGCAACUGGCGUAGUUAAUGUACAUACGCAAUUGCGUUGUUGAUGUUUUAGUCUGCUAAGGCGCAGCUCCUGAGCUGCUAAUAAACUGAAAGUAUUAGCG